AUGGCUGCUAAACGAAUGGAGGGCUGGACCUUACCAGGAUUAUGUUCAACACCACCUUCCUGGUUGAAGGAAGAGGUUUGCCAAUUCGGAAUUACACUGGACCAGACAAGUCCUAAUGAAAGAGUAACCGGAGAUAUCACCACUCUCUACAUCAGUCCUAAUAAAACAGUAAUUGUUGAUAUCGUCACUCUCUACAUCAGUCCUAAUGAAACAAUAAUCGGAGAUAUCGCCACUCUCUACAUAAGUCCUAAUAAAACGGUAAUUGGAGAUAUCGUCACUCUCUACAUCAGUCCUAAUAAAACAGUAAUUGUUGAUAUCGUCACUCUCUACAUCAGUCCUAAUGAAACAAUAAUCGGAGAUAUCGCCACUCUCUACAUAAGUCCUAAUAAAACGGUAAUUGGAGAUAUCGUCACUCUCUACAUCAGUCCUAAUAAAACAGUAAUUGGAGAUAUCGCCACUCUCUACAUCAGUCCUAAUAAAACAGUAACCGGAGAUAUCGUCACUCUUUACAUCAGUCCUAAUAAAACAGUAAUCAUUGAUAUCGUCACUCUCAACAUAAGUCCUAAUGAAACAGUAAUCGGAGAUAUCGUCACUCUCUAUGUCAGUCCAAAUAAAUCUGUAAUUGGAGAUAUCGCCACUCAUUAUAUCAGUGCUGAUAAUCCAGUAUUUGGAGCUUAA